AUGUCUGAGAGGGAGGCGUCUGAGGAGGGGGGGUAUAGACUUCGCGCUGUGAAGACAUUGUCGCGCUGGUGGACCGGGGUUAGUGCGGGUUUCCUCGAUUUUUUACUGCUCAGGGAGACAGUGGGCUGGGAGCGGAGGGGGACGAACAAUGUUCGGCUGGGUCAGGGCAGGAUGGACGCACCGAAAAUGCCCAAGAAUUGGGACCUGCUGUCGUUGCCCAACAGCAACCCGUUCAGGGCCAAGGCAAUUGGCAACUGGGCCGAGUCCGAAUCCCAGAAGGUUGCGAGGGCGAGAUUCCGGGGGCGGGACGAACUCCUGAACGGUGGGCGGCUCGCAAGUGGAACUGCGUGGGAGAAUCCGGACCAGACUCGAGAUUAUUUCUGA